AUGUGGCCAGUAUAUACACCAUCACCAUGGCAGUUCAACGCAAACGGAGAUCAUCUCUCGGUUAUCGUCACAUUCUCGUCAGCUGAAUGCGUUCCGACAAUCAAUCAACGACAAUAUGAUCCUCUAAGACCGGUGUUUAUCGAUGGACCGAGCAUAGUGCAUGCCUAUGACGAUCAAUAUCGUCUUUCGGAUCACCUCAAAUACUACCACUACAUUCUUCGACAAAUCCAACUCAAGCAAACUGGAAUUAAGUAUCGAAAUCCUGAAUAUAAUUCACUUCAAAAACUGCGUGUUCUGCCGUUGGCUCAAACCCUGUUCGCGUUCAUUGCUCGUGGACAUAAAACUGCGUUAUUUCUUCCGUCUCUCUACGAUGAACAUGCCACUCUCGAAAGUCUCUCCUUGCAAACAAAUCAUGAUCAGCCUGAAAAUCCCCAAAUUCAAUUUGAGCAUUCCAGAAGUGAUCAGCAUCAACCUCAACACCACCAAUUCCGGAAUUUUGAACAUCGAACUACCUCUGAAGCGGGAACGGGGUUAGCAAGGACUGGCGAAUCGAACAGUGACACGAACAAUUGUGUAACUGCGAUCAGCCCGAGUCCAACACCAUCAAACAGUAGCACGUUAGAAUGUGCUACCUCACAGAAGGCCAAUAAUUCGUCAGAAUUAACCAUGACGGUGCCUUUAAGACAUUUGGUUGAUGAUUGUUCAAUGUUUCGCCGAUUGGUUUCGAUGGGUUUCGUGAAAUUUUUCCCAAUUUUACCACAAUUAUUUUAUCAGCAGCAACAGCGACAACAACAACAAGAGAGCAUGCAACAACGGAGGCGCGGUGUUGACAUAUUGCGUGAAGUAUGGUCUCAGAGUGAGAACUUUCAAUUGCAAAUCCGUAAGAUGGCACGUCAAGCCUAUGGUGUACUGGUGACGUGCGAUUUGAUGCAAGCAAUCGAUAUAGUUCGAGUAAAUGCAUCGAGAAUUGAACGGACGGAUCAACUGGCUGCGGGAAAUACAUUAGAGUCAUCGACGUGUCAACAAUCCUCAUCAGCAGCGAAGUCUAAUUUGUUCAGUUCAUCAUCGAGAAAUCAGUGCGUAGGCGAUGUUGAUGUGGAUGAUGUUUAUGAUGCGGAUCUCGCAUUAGAUUCUGAUUGUGAUGGUGAGAUGGUUCAGGAACUUUUCGACGAGAUCGAUAAGUGGGAUCGGAACGAUCUGCAGGCUAUGUGCGCAGCGAAUAUUGAUGGCGAUUUUGAUAUUGAUGAUAUGGAAGAUUGGACGAAAUUGUUGUCGUAUUAUCGCGGUCGAAUUGUCGAUCUUCUUCGUGCACGCCAUCGUAUGCGGGCUGCUCAAGUUGCUGCCACCCCUUCGUCGAAUAUCAACCAUCAAAAUAGCGUUGAUUUCGACGAUUCGGAUCGUCGAAACUCUCGUAGUUUCACUAUUGAAGGGGGUAGCGCUCAGGGUCCAAAUGCUUCUUCUUCUCGAGAGCACCAGUCGCAGCUACAACCUCAGCAAGAAGAAACAUACGAAAACAACAGCAGAUCCCAUCAGGAUAAGCAUUUUCUGCCCAUAAUCCAACCGUACUUCUAUCAAGUGCUGUCAAGACGUCAACUCUCCAUACCGUUCGAUUCACCGUGUUUUUUGGGAACGGACCUGACCUGUGCCCAACUACUCGUCUUCAAAACAUGUAUAGAUGGCGAUGAUGCCAUUUCGACGUUGGCCAAAAAUAGCCAAUUGACUCUGUUGGAACAAUGCGAGCAAUUGAGACAGUUGGAAAAAAUUUUGGAUGGUAAAUACCCACAAGGGAAAAAGCAGAGACAGAUUGUGGAUAUGUUAUGGGAUUGGUAUGAGAGCAAUAUUAUAAGUGCCGGUCAGGACGAGGAUAGGGAAUCUGUAUCAGAUAUGAUCUUGUUUGAUGAUGAUUUUGUGGAUUAUGAACGAAUGAGUCGAGAUCCUGGAAGAGGCAGUGAACUUCCUGAAGAGGAUCUGAUAUUGUUCGAUGACGAAUUCAUCGAGGCAAAUCGUCUAACUGAGCUCUGA